CUCAUAUUUUCACAUUAUAUUUAAGUUUUUUUAAUUUUAUUAUAGCAUUGGUAUGAUGAUUUAAAAAAAUAUAAAGGAUUUUUGUUAUUUGCUUUUUAUUAUAGCAGCAGGUUAAGAUUAUUGCAACCAGUUUUCGCAGCAUAUAUUUGGAUGUUCUUUCGGAUGUGGUUGCCACCUACACUGCAUUGCUUUUUCUGGUGCCUUAGUAAAUUCCUGUUUCUCUUGCUACACUGCAUUAUUGCAACCACAAACACAGUAUCUAAUGGCAGAGAGUGUAGUUACCUUUGUUUUCGAUCACCUAGCCCAGCUUGCGGCACGCGAAGCUAAUUUGCUGUAUGGCGUGGAGGACAGGGUCCAGUCCCUCCAGUACGAACUUCAAAUGAUGAAAGAGCUGCUCAGUAGCACAAAGAGCAAGAAGGGAAUGGAACAUACAGUGUUGAACCAAAUCAGAGAUGUGUCCCACUUAGCUGAGGAUGUCAUCGACACAUUCGUAGCCAAAGUUGCCAUUUACAAGAGGAGAUCCAUUCUCGGGAGGAUGCUCCGUGGCUUUGGCCAAGCGAGGUUGCUCCGCGACGUAGCCGAAAAAAUAGACAAGAUCAAAAACACUCUCAACGAAAUACGCGACAACAAGGACAAAUAUGAUGCUUUCAAAGAAAACAAUAAUCGAUCCGCCGCAGAAGAGGAGGAAGAGGAGAAAAGGGCGCAAUCAGUGCAGAAGCUAAGAAGAAAUGUGGAGGAAGAAGAUGUGGUUGGCUUUGUCCAAGACUCCAAGGAUGUCAUCAACCGACUCCUGGAAGGUAGUUUAAAUCGUAAAGCUUUGUCUAUCAUUGGCAUGGGGGGAUUGGGGAAGACCACUCUUGCCCGAAAGGUCUAUAACAACACCCAGGUGAAGAAACACUUCACGUGUCGCGCUUGGGUUUACGUGUCAAACGAAUGCAGAGUUAGGGAGAUUUUGCUUGGCCUUCAUAAGCAUUUGAUGCCAGAUUUUGAACAACAAAGCAGAAGCAGCAAGAAAGGUAAGAAAAGCAGUCGAGAUAAUAGUAGCUUGAGUGAGGAGGAGCUGAAGAUACUGGUGCGGAACGACUUGGAAGGGGAAAGGUAUCUUGUGGUGGUAGAUGACUUGUGGAAAAGGCAAGAUUGGGACGCAGUGCAAGAUGUUUUUCCGGACAACCACAGAGGCAGCAGAAUCUUGAUCACCAGUCGUUUGAAAGAGGUGGCCUUGCAUGCUGCCCAUGAUGUUCCUCACUAUCUUCGAUUCCUGAAUGAAGAAGAAAGUUGGGAGUUGUUUCGCAGGAAAGUGUUUAGGGCUGAAGACUACCCUUCUGAUUUAGAGGCUAUGGGAAAGCAGAUGGUUCAAAGUUGUCGUGGUUUGCCGCUCUCCAUCAUUGUCUUAGCAGGUCUACUAGCCAACAAGGAAAAAUCAUUUAGAGAAUGGUCUAAAGUGGUGGGUCAUGUUAAUUGGUAUCUCACUCAAGAUGAGACCCAAGUGAAGGAUAUAGUUCUCAAACUCAGCUACGACGACUUGCCAAGGAGAUUAAAACCGUGUUUCCUCUAUCUUGGAAUAUAUCCUGAAGACAUGGAAAUCCCUGUUAGGCCAUUAUUGCAAAAGUGGGUUGCCGAGGGUUUUAUACAAGAUACACGGAACAGAGAUUCAGAUGAUGUUGCGGAAGACUACUUAUAUGAGCUCAUGGAUCGUAGUUUGGUCCAAGUAGCUGAAGUGAAGACUAAUGGAGGUGUGAAGGUGUGUCACGUUCAUGAUCUUCUUCGAGAUCUUUGCAUAUCAGAGAGUAAAGAGGAGAAAGUUUUUGAGGUUUGUACAGAUAAUAACAUUCUAAUCCCAGUAAAUUCUCGUCGACUGUCCAUUCACAGUAACAUCAGUCACUACAUUUCUUCAAGCAACAAUGACCAUUCAUGUAUUCGUUCCCUGUUCUUCUUCGGCCCACGUUGCUAUGUUCACGAGAAGGAAUGGAAAUGUCUUUUGGAAGGUUUCAAAUUGGUUCGAGUGUUAGAGGUUGGACCAACCAAGUGUGAAAAGACCCCUUCCAAUUUAAGAGAGUUUAUCCACUUAAGGUACUUGAGAAUAGACUCAUGCUUUGUUGAAUUUAUUCCAUCUUCAAUACUUAACCUUUGGAAUCUGCAAACUAUAGACAUUGUUUCUGGGAGCUAUUCUCCAAUUUCUUUCCCUGUGCAAAUGUGGAAACUCAAAUAUUUAAGGCAUUUGAAUACAUCAAAGCCUAUCAAGUUGCGAGGCAAUUGUUCAGGAUCAGAUGAGAAGAUAUGGAAUCUUCAAACCAUCUCUGCCAUUUUACUCAAUAGACAAGCAACAACUCUGAUAAAGAAAGGAGCAUUCCCCAAUCUUAAGAGGAUAGGGUUGAAAGUGGAUUCUGCAUACAAAGCUGAAUUACCCAAAUUGUUGCAGAGCCUACAACAAUCAAGUCAUUUGAAUAAGUUGGUGAUUUCCCUCCAGCAUAGAUAUACGGGUGUUGAGGAAUGUGCUAAUGAGAGUGUGGAAACAUGCAACGGUUGCAAGCCACAAGAAUUGUUACAAAGCCUUGAGCAAUUCAAUAGUCUAACUGUGUUGAAGAUUGAGAAUGUUUUGGACCUUCUAACCUAUGCACUCACGUUUCCUCCAAACGUUACAGAGUUAACCUUCUCAAGGAUUAAGUGCAUUACUUAUGUGGGGAUGAAGUGUUUGGGAAAUCACACCAAACUAAAAAUUUUGAGACUUUUGGGAGAUGUAAUUUCUGUGGAUUCCUUUGACUUGAACUGUAUAGCAGGCAGCUUCCCACAACUGGAAGUGUUUGAUAUGGAACAUUUGAGAGUUGGAAAGUGGAAAUUAGGUAAUGGUGCAAUGCCGAGGCUUCAAAGACUGGUCAUCUACUAUUGUGAUUGGUUAGAUGAUCUCCCAAAUCAACUCUGGUCUUUGAGUCACUUGAGAAAAGUACAUAUAAUCAAUCCCUCUGAACAAAUCACACACAGACUACGAAAUUUGGAAAUAAACAAUGAGAUUCAACUCGUCCUUUGCGUAGAGGAUUACAAUGAAAAAGUUAGUAAAACUUUAAAGCAUUGGGAGAGAAGUAUUAUAUAAAACAGUUUGUAAUUUAUUUUAUUCAAUCCUAGCUGCUUCUGUGUUGAA